AUGCCGGAGUCCGGCCCCGGCUCCGCCUGCCGGCUUCGCCCCUGCGCCGGCUUCCCCGCAACCCGGACGCCGGCCUCUGGCGCGACCCGGCCGUUGGCUUCCGCCACGCCCGCGUCUCCUCUGCCUACGGCUGGAUGCCCCGCGCCCGCCCGUCUCGCCCGGGCCGGCUCCGCCCCCGUCCGCGGCUUUGCCUCCCCGCGCCGACCCGGCCGACCCACGCCAGGUCCGGCUCCCGCGCCGCCCCUCGGCUACCACGCCCCUCGCCGCCUCCGGCUCGGUGCCCCGCCCGCCGGCCUCGUCCUCAACCUGGCUCGCCGCCUCCACUCCCGCGCCGCGUCCGGCUCCCCGGUGCCGCCCCGCGCCCAGCCGGGUCCGGCGAGCGUCGCGCAUGGCGCCUCCCGCUCCCCCGACCGCUGA